AUGUCUGAGCAAUUCCAUGAAAAAGAAAAGGUACUGGCAUAUCAUGAAGGAACUCACGAAUACCUUAAGGCAGUAAUCGUAGGUAUCGAUGAGGAAAAGAAAAUGGCAUAUGUUCACUAUCAUUUAUUAGAUAAAAGAGAAGAAAGAUGGAUAAAUUUAAAUUUAAUACGAAAACGCAAAGCAUCUCGAUAUGCAGAAGGUGUAGAACCACCAUCUAUCAAUAUUUCUUCUGAUCAAUCAGAUUAUUCUGAUGAUGAUUACAGAUCUCUUUUUGAAAUUAACUUCUCCAAGAGGCAUAGAGAGAGACAAACAAUUAGAAACAUUAAUAAAAUCAUUUACGGCACAACAGAAAUCAAUACAUGGUAUUUUUCACCAUAUCCAAAACAAUUUUACCAAGAUACAAUAUACAUAUGCGAUCAUUGUGCAUCAUAUUUUCUUACAAAAGAAGAUUUAGAACAGCAUAUACAAGAAAACAGCGAAAUAAAUCCACCCGGAAAAGAAAUUUAUCGAAAAGACAACAUUUCUAUCUUUGAAAUCAGCGGGUUUAGUAACAAAUUUACAUGUCAAUCACUAGCAUUACUAUGUAAACUCUUUUUGUACCAAAAAACUAUUAUCUACGAUAUUGAAGGUUUCAUCUUUUAUGUUCUAUGCGAAGCAGACGAAACAGGAGCUCACAUUGCUGCUUUCUUCUCCAGAGAAAGGGAGUCGUACGCAGGAAACAUCUUAAGCUGCAUAGUUACUCUACCUCCUUACCAAAAGAAAGGAUAUGGAACUCAGCUCAUCUCUCUCGCGUACGAGAUUGCGCGGCGUUCAAAGAGAUGCGGGCCUCCAGAACACCCUCUGUCGCACUUAGGGAGAUUAGCUUUCAUUCGGUACUGGAGCAACAUCAUGGUGAUCACUCUAUAUGAGAACAAAGGAAAGAUUAAUGAUAUAAAGGACAUCGUAGUUAGGACAGGGAUCGAUAUGCGUGAUGUUAUCGAGGCCUUGAAAUCACUGAAUUUAAUUGUGAGCCAAGAUGGGGAAACAUUUGUUGUUCCCGAUUGGAACACAAUUGAGAAAUCUUAUACCCUGAUUAAACAAAAAGGAUUUGAUAUAAUUGAUACCAAAAUGUUAAUCUGGGAUCCAACAGAAGAAGAUAUAUAA